AUUAAAAUUAACUUGAAUGUCCAGCUGCUUUAGCACUGCAUAGCUAAAGGCUGGCAGUAGCUACUUGUGUGGCAAACUUGGGUUAGUUGCUAGAAUCGCUUUCAAAUAAAAGAAAAUUCAGCUGAACACUUCAAGGAAACUUCAGCAUACAUCUUGAGCAUAUUCUUUGAGCCAGGGUUUUAAAUAGUUUAGGUAGUGUGGCUUUAAGUUACGUUAGAGUCUCACCUAUGAUUAGAUUUCUACCCCAGUUCCUGAAGGAGAAUAACAAACACCAUGCUCUGAACUGGUGCAGAAGGGGAUCUCCUAUCACUACUUUCUGCAUCAAAUGUAACAUUAGUACAUGAAUUCAAAUGGCCAGCACUUAAGCGUUUAUUUUAUAUACAUACAAUAACUCUUCUGACUUACGAUUAUAUAUUUACAAUCAUUAAUCCUGGGAGUGGGACUGAGAACAUAACCUCCGGUUUUGUAAUUGUGUACUCAACGUAAAGGGUAGACAGAACACAGAUCAAGUUUUCUGACUCCGAAGUUGACACGAAGGUUCCCCGGCCCCUCUCCCAAGUUUAACUGCUGCGGCUGGCGGGGGGGGGAGUUGGGGAUGGGGAAAAACCUGGAGUAGAUUUUUAAAGGAAAAGAUCUGCGAGUUUUGGUUCUGGACUGAUCACAAACGCUUGGGCCAGGCACGUGCCUAGCAGGCACCCCAUUCCUUGAUCCGUCAUUCGCGGCCACCCAGCUAAGCCACUAUUUUGCUCCUGGCUCCUGUCGCUGGAUCUCAGGGUUCUAACAGAAGAAUGAAGUAGAUCCCACAAGCCUACCUCAGCUGUACCACUAUGGGUUCGCACUUGUUUUAAGGGCGCAGGCCGCUACCACUGCGUUACAGGCGUUCUCCUCCCCUACUUUAGUUCUGCACGACUCAAGCUGCCUUCAGGAACUUGUAAACUGUACUCGCUGGCGGUUUGAAGGCUGCUAUUAAUGUAGGAACGCAGCACUGCGGCAGGUUAGCCAUAUCCUUCCGCCUGGCAAAUCUCCUUACAGAAUUCUUUGGUGCGUGAUUGAUUUUUUCCCCGUGGUGGACGCCGGGCCGUGUUCGCUUCCGCUGCCCUUCUUCCAUCCUCCGCUCUUUCCCCUUCUUCCUUUUCCUCCUUCCCUCAGGCAGGAGGCGGUAUAGCCCGGCAGAGCCGGAGGGCGGGGGAGAGACGCCAUUGCGUUGCUAUGAGGUGACUCCCGCCCUUCAUGCUCUCCUCCCUCGCGGGGACUGGCUCGACUCGUCGGCGGGCUCCGUGGCCCCAGCGUCGGCGGCGCUUGGAUUCUUCGCCGGCGACGGGGCUGCGCCCGGCGGCUCACGCGCUCCGUGGUGGCGAUGAUGCUGGUGGGGGGCGGGGAGGCGCCUGGGAGAAGAUGAAGGCGGCGCGCCGCGGCAAACAGCGGCCGCUGCGGUGAGGCGCAGGCAAGGACGAGAAGGGCAGCCCACAGGCUUUUCCUUGCAGAGGGGAUGGCUCACGCCGGGGCUGCGGGGAGCGACGAGCCCGUGCCGGGCACCUCCGGCCGCGGAGACGACGGGGGAUCCGACGGGCCGGGCCAGGCGGCGCUGCGGAACGCCCUGUCGCUGGAGGAGAUCCUGAAGCUCUACAACCAGCCCAUCAACGAGGAGCAGGCGUGGGCCGUGUGCUACCAGUGCUGCGGGUCCCUCCGUGCCCAAGGCCGCCGCGGAGAGUCCUCAAAGCGCAGGGUGGAGAGCCCCGCCGACAUCCGUAUCUGGAGGGACGGAGCUGUCACCUUGGACGCCGGCGGCGGCAGCAGCAGCAGCGCUCGGAGCUCUCCGAGAGCAGGUAAAUCAGAGCAUUCACGCUGUCGAGAAACAGAGGUAAUAGAAUCAUUGGGAAUUAUAAUUUAUAAAGCGCUGGAUUAUGGCUUGAAAGAAAAUGAAGAACGAGAACUCAGCCCUCCUUUGGAACAGCUUAUUGAUCAUAUGACUAAUACAGUAGAAGCAGAUGGAAGCCAAGAUGAAGGCUAUGAGGCUUUGGAUGAAUGUGUUGUGGAUGAAAAUGAUAAAGAGGUUGUUGAAGUUGUACAGUCUUACAGAGAUGUCAUGAAGCUCUGUGCUGCCCAUCUACCAACACAAUCAGAUGCAGCAAAUCACUAUCAAGCAGUAUGUCGAGCACUAUUUGCUGAAACAAUGGAGUUGUAUACAUUCUUGGCCAGAAUUAAAAGUGCAAGAGAGAAUCUAAAGAAGAUGCAGGAAAUGGACAAAGAAGGGACUGAGGAAUCCAACACAGAUCUUGAUGAGUUAAAAAAUGCUGAUUGGGCCCAGUUUUGGGUGCAAGUCAUGCGAGACUUGAGAAAUGGAGUGAAAUUGAAGAAGGUUCAAGAACGCCAGUAUAAUCCACUUCCAAUAGAGUACCAGCUCACUCCAUAUGAGAUGCUAAUGGAUGAUAUUCGAUCCAAACGUUAUACUUUAAGGAAAGUUAUGGUCAAUGGAGAUAUCCCUCCACGAUUAAAAAAGAGUGCCCACGAAAUUAUAUUGGAUUUUAUUCGCUCUCGACCUCCAUUAAAUCCAGCAUCUGCAAGAAAACUGAAACCUACACCACCACGACCACGUAGCCUCCAUGAAAGAAUAUUGGAAGAAAUCAAAUCUGAAAGAAAGUUAAGACCUGUCUCUCCUGAUGAGAUUAGGCGUAGCAGGCUAGCAAUCCGGCCUCUUAGCAUGUCUUACAGUUUUGACUUGUCAGACGUAUCCACACCAGAGGCCUCCAAGAAACUGUCAGAAAGCUGCGUAGCAAAUGGGAGCCUGGCAACUGAAGCAAAGUUGAAUGCUGUUGGUGCUACUAAAUUGCAACGAAAGAGACUGUUGAAAGCUCCAACUCUGGCUGAACUAGACAGCUCAGAUUCAGAGGAAGAGUCUGUACGCAAAUCAGCCAGCAGUAGUAGUAUCUCUCCUUCUCAAAUGGAAGAUACACUUCCAGAUACCACAUCUGGGAAAAAGGUGCCUCCAAAAUUCUUGCCAAUAUCAUCUACACCACAGCCAGAGAGGAGACAACCACCUCAGAGGCGACAUUCCAUUGAAAAAGAGACACCAACUAAUGUACGACAGUUCUUGCCCCCUACAAAGCAGAGCUCCAGAUCACUUGAGGAGUUUUGUUACCCAGUGGAAUGCCUGGCUCUCACUGUGGAAGAAGUAAUGCAUAUCCGUCAAGUGUUGGUCAAGGCUGAGCUAGAGAAGUACCAACAGUAUAAAGAUGUCUAUACUGCCCUCAAGAAAGGAAAGCUCUGUUUUUGUUGCCGAACAAGGAGGUUUUCUUUCUUCACCUGGUCCUAUACGUGUCAGUUUUGUAAAAGGCCUGUAUGCUCACAGUGCUGUAAAAAGAUGCGCCUACCAUCAAAACCAUAUUCCACUCUUCCUAUCUUUUCUUUGGGACCUUCUGCUUUACAGAAAGGAGAGAGUUUUAUGAGGCCAGAUAAACCUACCACUAGCCAUCACCAGUCACUGAGGGGCAUGCCAAGGUUGUCCUCAAAGUCAAAGUCUGUAGAUAAAUCAGAUGAAGAAACACUGUUUCCAAAGGAGCUAAUGGAGGACUGGAGCACCAUGGAGGUGUGCGUGGACUGCAAAAAGUUCAUUUCCGAAAUCAUUAAUUCAAGUCGCCGCAGCCUUUCCCUGGCUAACAAACGAGCUAGGUUAAAAAGGAAAACCCAAUCAUUCUACAUGGCAUCCCCAGGCACCUCAGAGUAUUGUCCUUCUGAGAGGACUAUCAAUGAAAUCUGAUACUUUUGCCUUUCACUUUGCUUUGUCUUCAUGAGUUCCUGAAAGAACUCAAUGAAACCAGAAUGUCUUUCUUUCCUUUGUUCUGCUUGGUAGCUUAGUUUUGCCACCCCAUUAUAAUUUCCAGGAACAAGUCAGAAAUCAGGCUAUGCAGCAGUUCAGCCAAUAACUAUGUUUGACUGGAAGAAAACAAACUGUUGCCUUUUUGUAUGUGUGAAGCAUACAAUGAAAGCCUUUACUUGUAGUUUUUCCUGAUACCUGUUCCUUGAUAAUUGUCAGGAAGAGUAUCAAAAUAUAUAAAGAGGAACCAGGUGAUAGUGUUAGUACAGUUGUAACAAUUAACCCCUGUUAGAAUUUACACUAAUAUCUCUAUUUCAGUCUUUGAGGCACAGAGGCCAACGUUGCACAAGAAAUAGAUGCAGGCCAUGGCUCUUAAUGCCUUACAGUAUAACACAAAGUUCAAAAGGAUUUGCCGAUAUGCACAGAAUGGUUAUCAAUCCAAGCUAGAGACUACUGCCUGAGUUUUAGUAUAAAAUAUUGAAUAAACUGGAUGCCUGAUUGGCAAACUAUUUUUUUUUCUGCUGCUGCUGCUGCUGCUGUUUUGGUAUAUUUGCGUGUUCUAAGUAGUAGUAAUUUCUUUCUUCUUUUAAAUGUAUUCUGAAUGUUAGUCGUUGUAGUUGUUGCUUUUAGAAAUAAACUAAAUCAUAUUAUUUAUGGGGAGGAUGCAAGUACAUAUAACCUUUUAAUAUUAGUGAGUUUUUGUAAAAUAAAUUAUCUGGGCAACAAUUCUGAGAAAAUAGAUAUGUAUAUUUGUAUUAUAGUGGAAGACAUAAGUACUGCUGUAAGUAAGAAUCUGAGCAUAUCCAUUAUAAACCCCAUUUUUUUAGGGGUUUGUAUCUUGGCUGUAAAGAAAUUUUAUACCCCGCAAAAAUUUGAGACAGCAGUGUCUCAGAUUGAGUUUUGUUUUCUUUUUUAAAAACGGUUUGGAGAAACACUGUCUAGCUGUUUUGAAUUCCAAUAAUAUUAUCAAACAUCACAUUUUGCACUCUUUUAUAUUCAGAUUUUUAAAUAUAAACAAACUGGAGCUUGGUGUAGUUUAUGGAGUUGGGUUAUUUUUGUAUUUAUAAAAGCCUAAAUAUUUGCAGACCUUCUUGUGAACAGGAAGAAUAACCUUUCCAUGUUUCUAAUGCCUAGGCCCAAAUUUAGAAUUGGAAUAGAAUAUGUGAAAGGAAAGAACUUUGUAUAUUCAUUUUCACAAUGUAGGCUGAUGAAUUAUCAUCUCAGCUUACCUGCAAAACAGGAAGAAUUUGCUUAAAUGCAACCUAACCUCUCAGUUAUUUAAUGAAGAUACUGAGAAACUAAACUAUAUAUUUUAAAUGAUCCAAAACAUGAAUGGCCAACUUUUAUUACCAAAUUUAUUUAAAGACCAGUAGCCUGAUUUUAAGAUAUAGUGUUGCAAAAUGUAAAUAUUUAAGUAGAUAACACUGGCCACUGACACAAAAGUUUGGGGUUCACAGAUGUAGCCAUCCAGUAGUGCUUAGCAGUUCAGCCAUAGCAGUGAGAAUACUCUUGGACUGAAGACUGCAGCACCUAUCUGGCACUACAACUUGGAAACUGAAAGCACUUGGAAAUUGGCUGAAAACACUAAAUUAUCUCAUUGCCCAAAUAAAACUAGUUACAUGGGGAAAGCCACAAACUAUCAAAAUAAAACCAGCUUAGAUGUUUCAAUGUAGACAUCGUCUAGAGAGGACCGUUGCUCUCACGGAACCCCCUAAGUCAAUCUAAUGUAGUUCUGAUUCAACUUGAUACUGUCCCUCAUGGUCCCUAACUGUAUUUGGUAUAUUGAAUAUUGGUGUGGUGACUUUAUCAUAUCAAUAAGUAAAUCUGAAAUUCAGGCUGCAGUUUGCUUUUUUCAUUGUUCUAUUGGAAAAUGUGGACUGAGAACUUCCAUACUUUAAAUUGUACUUUUGUACAAUUUUACUGACAAAUUUACAUACUUAAAUUUUACUUACAAAUUUUGCCUACUGUCUUGGGGUGAAAGCAAGGGGACACCUUAUAAAGAGGUCAGCAACUGCUGUUACUUUUUCCCUGCAAUGGUUGUCCAGAAAUGGGAGCCUCACCAUUGAAGGCUUUCUGUGUUUCCCCUUUAUGCAGUCAUUCUCCUAUAGUUCUUCAGUUAAAGUCACUGUAAGUAGGGCGGAAGCCAACUGUAAAUGAGUAUUUAGGUAAUUUUCUAGUUAAAUUGAAUUUCAAAUCUAGGCCAGGACUCAUGUUCCCUAUGUUCUACAAAAUAACCUUUACAAAUGUUGCACACAUUUACUUUUGUGUGUCUGCGGGUCCAAGGAUAAUUUAGGGAACAGGGAUGUGCGAAGUUGUGACAGGAGCAGUUGUGAGCCACCAUUAAUCCGAGCAAUAUUAUGAUCAUAUCAAGUGACAGUGACCUACUUGGCUAAAGAAGGUCUACAUUCUCCAGCCAGAUAGCCAAUUUGUUCUUUCACUCCCUUGCACCGUGCCCAACAGCUUAUAACUGCAUACGAGUUUAUGGCUUUUACUUGUACAUAAUGCUAAGCCACAGGUUAUGUUAACCAUGGUUUGUUGUUUUAGUCAUGAAUAGCUUUAGUGUUGCUCAAAAUGCAUCUUGUUUUGCUUAUUUCAGGUUUGCUUCUCUCCCACCCAUUUUACCAGCCUUCAGAGUGGUUUCAUUUUCUGGCUAUUCUUGUUGAGAAUCUUUUUAUCAGGGAGGAUAGCAACACAAGAUAAUCUAGCAUCAAGUUCUAGGUUCAGACAUCAUAACAAGUCAUAGUUAAAACAUGCCAGACUUUACUGGCCAGCCAACAGCCUGAUUUCUGUUUAUGGUUUGUAGCUGAUUAACAAGGCAUAGCUUGUUUUUAGGAAUGGGUCUGGGGACAUCAACAAGCCAGAGUUCAACAACUCCUACCAUGGCUUAGUCAUAUGUGUGAACCAAGCCAAUGUAAUUAACAUACUAGAAAUUUCCACUAGCAAACCUGAUACUCUUCAGUCAUCAUUUCUAAUGCUACUUUCUAGUUGCCCUUCUAUCUUCUCCUUAUUUCUUCCUUGAGGAAGAGAACAUAUGCCAACUUUUGGUUUGGUAAAAGACAAUUCAGCCAAUUCUGUUAUAUUGCUACUUUACUUCACUUUGGAGCCUAAGGAAGAGCUUGAUUACUUGACUCUUGUGUUUACUGACAUAAUGUUGUUAUCAGCUUACCAUUAAUGUUCUGAAUAUGUUCCAAGUAUUAAGGAUGUGACCUGUGUCUCUUCAUACCUCAGAAAGUUACUCUUGGUGUGAAGCCUUUUGGUGCCCUCUAGUUUAACUAUGUUCAUAUGUCACUAUCAGCAAAACUUGUAAAUAUGUGUAAUAUAUGCUAAGUCUGGAAGGCUUCCACUUUGUAAAUUAGGAGUCGACCUUCUUGUGAAGACUAGAAAAGAAGUUAUAAUAAAAGAUUAAGUCCAACAGUUA